AUGGCUCGCCUGUUCCGCGAGUCCCGCCGCGACUCGUCCCACUCCUCCUCCUCCAACGGCUUCCUCCCGCCGGCGGCCGCUUCCACCCCCUCCUCCGCCGCCUCCGCGCUGCCCUCGCCGUUCCCGGACCUCGGGGUCGCCCUCUCCGCCGCGGACCUCCGGGAGGCCGCCUACGAGGUGCUGGUCGCGGCCUCCCGCACCACGGGCGGGAAGCCCCUCACCUACAUCCCGCAGUCCUCGUCGGUGGCCGCCGCGGGGCCGCCGGCGUCCCCGGCCUCCUCCUCCGCGUCCUCGGCGUCCUCCGCCUCGCUCCAGCGCUCCCUCACCUCCGCCGCCGCCAGCAAGAUGAAGAAGGCGCUCGGGCUCCGCUCCUCCGCCUCAUCCAAGGGCGUCGGCAGCCCCGGGAGUGGCGGGAAGGCGGCGGCCCCGCGGAGGCCCGCCACGGUUGGGGAGCUCAUGCGGGUGCAGAUGCGCAUCUCCGAGCCCGCCGACACCAGGAUCCGCAGGGGGCUCCUCCGCAUCGCCGCCAGCCAGCUUGGCAGACGUGCAGAAUCUAUGGUGCUGCCCUUGGAAUUCUUGCAGCAAUUCAAGGCAUCAGAUUUCCCUGAUCCUCAAGAGUAUGAGGCAUGGCGGAGUAGGAAUCUGAAGCUCCUUGAGGCUGGUCUACUUGUUCAUCCACUCGUUCCAUUAAACAAAUCAGACAGUUCUGUGCAACGGUUGCGGCAAAUUAUACGGGGUGCAUAUGACAGGCCACUUGAAACUGGGAAAAACUCCGAGUCAAUGCAGGGCCUACGUACUUCUGUCAUGUCCCUUGCUGGAAGAUCUCAUGAUGGAACUUCUGAUGGAUGCCACUGGGCAGAUGGCUUCCCCUUGAAUCUCCAUCUGUACCAAAUGUUGGUAGAAGCUUGCUUUGAUAAUGAUGAGGGAACUGUGGUCGAUGAGAUCGAUGAGGUGAUGGAGCUCUUGAAGAAGACCUGGGUUAUUCUUGGAAUCAAUGAGUUGCUCCACAAUCUUUGCUUUACUUGGGCAUUGUUCAACCAUUUUGUUAUGUUUGGUCAAGUAGAUAUCGAGCUGCUUUCUGCGGCAGAGAACCAGUUAGCUGAAGUAGCUAAGGAUGCCAAGACCACAAAAGAUCCAAAUUACUGUAAAGUAUUGAGUUCAACAUUAAGCUCAAUAAUGGGCUGGACAGAGAAAAGACUUCUGGCAUAUCAUGAAACCUUCAAUACAAGUAAUAUUGAGUCUAUGCAAGGCAUUGUCUCCAUUGGAGUGUCAGCUGCAAGGGUUCUUGUUGAAGAUAUAUCCCAUGAAUACCGCCGUAGAAGAAAAGAAGAGACUGAUGUAGCUCGAAGCAGGGUAGAGACAUACAUAAGGUCUUCACUACGCACAGCUUUUGCUCAAAGAAUGGAAGAAGCAGAUUCAAAACGAUCAUCAAGAAACCCUACUCCAGUUCUUUCUAUCCUUGCGAAGGACAUUGGUGACCUAGCUAUGAAGGAGAAAAAUUUGUACAGUCCAAUACUGAAGACAUGGCAUCCCCUUGCUUCAGGCGUUGCUGUUGCAACUCUUCAUUCUUGUUAUGGAAAUGAGCUGAAGCAGUUUGUAGCUGGGCUUACAGAGCUGACCCCUGAUACAGUUCAAGUACUUAAAUCAGCAGACAAAUUAGAGAAGGACCUUGUUAAUAUUGCUGUAGAAGAUUUUGUGGAUAGUGAUGAUGGAGGCAAGUCACUAAUCAGAGAGAUGCCGCCAUAUGAAGCUGAAAAUGCAAUUGCUAAUCUGGUGAAAGUGUGGAUAAAAGAAAGAGUAGACAGACUCAAGGGAUGGGUUGACCGGAAUUUGAAGCAAGAGACCUGGAAUCCAGGUGCCAACAGGGAGAAUUUUGCUCCCUCUUCUGUGGAGAUGCUUUGGGUUAUUGGUGAAACGUUGGAUGCAUUUUUCCAAUUGCCUAUACCAAUGCAUCCAGCUCUUCUUCCUGAUCUGACAGCUGGGCUCGACAGAAUCCUACAGCUUUAUGUUGCUAAAGUAAAAUCUGGCUGUGGAACACGGAGUUCUUUUAUGCCCCAACUACCUCCACUAACGCGAUGCGAGGUUGGCUCCAAGUUAUUAUUCAAGAAAAAGGAGAAACCACAAAAUCUGCAGGUUCGCGUAUCACAAAAUGGAGCAGCCAAUGGCAAUGAUCCCUUGGGCCUUCCUCAACUUUGUGUGCGCCUGAAUACGCUUCAGUACAUCCGUGGUGAGCUUGAGAACCUAGAGAAGAAAAUAAAAACGAGCUUGCGAAAUGUUGAGUCAGCUCAGGCAGAUAUCACUGAUGGAUUGGACAUCAAGUUUGAGCUUUGUCAGGCAGCCUGUCAAGAAGGCAUUCAGCAGAUUUGUGAGACGACUGCGUAUAAGGUGACGUUCUAUGACUUGGGCCAUGUUCUCUGGGACACCCUUUAUGUUGGGGAUACUGCAUCAAACAGGGUGGAGGUACUGUUGAGGGAACUUGACCCUGUCCUUGAGACAAUAUCUGGUAUGGUGCACAACAAAGUGCGGAACCGUGCUAUUACUUCACUGAUGAAAGCAACUUUUGAUGGUUUCUUGCUGGUGCUUCUUGCUGGUGGGCCUUUGCGUGCUUUCACCCGUCAAGACAGCCAGAUAAUAGAAGAUGACUUCAGGGCCCUUAGAGAUCUGUAUUUAGCAGAUGGGGAUGGUUUGCCAGAGGAAUUAGUUGACAAGGCAUCCUCUCAGGUCAAGAAUGUCCUGCCCCUCUUUCGAGCAGACUCUGAAAGCCUCAUUGAGCGAUUCAAACGCAUGAUGGUUGAAUCGAAUCGGUCUACGUCCAAGAACAGGUUACAAAUGCCUCCAACAACAGCGCAUUGGAGUCCAAAUGAGCCUAACACAGUCCUGCGAGUUCUGUGCUACCGGAGUGAUGAGACAGCUACAAAGUUCCUCAAGAAAACUUACAGCCUACCGAAGAAGAUUUGA